AUGUCCGGCAAGCUCGACCAGACUCUUGAUGAGAUCCUCACCAGCCAACGGCGCAACCAGCAAGGUCGUCGCCGCUCAACUCGCCGCACAGCUGGCACCACCCGGCCUGCUCCCGCUGCUCCGGCCGGUGGCAUUCAAAAGAGCACCAAGCCCGCUCGCGGCGCAAACAAGCCCACUCCCACUCGGGCCGGCGGCGUGACCGGCGAGAGCAAAAUCAUGGUCAGCAACCUUCCCAAGGAUGUUUCCGAGGCCCAAAUUAAGGAGUACUUUGUCCAAUCAGUCGGCCAGGUCAAGAAAGUCGAGAUUUCAUACGGACCCGGUGGCGUCAGCCGUGGCAUCGCGCACGUCUCGUUCCAACAGGCGGACGGCGCCAGCAAGGCUUUCGCCACCCUAAACGGUCUGCUCAUUGACAGCAAGCCUGUCAAGGUCGAGGUUGUCGUUGCCUCUGCGGACCUUAUCCCGCAGCCCAAGUCGCUCGCCCAGCGCAUCGCGCAACCCAAGGCCCAGCCCAAGUCCGCUGCGGCUGUCAAGAAGAACGCAACCGCUGGCAAGGGCAAUGCCGCCGCCAGCAAGGGUGCCAAGAAGACAGCGCGGGGCGGCCGCAGCAAUCGCGUGGUUAAGAAGACGGUCGAGGAGCUCGACUCGGAGAUGGCCGAUUAUUUUGUCGGCGGCAACACAGACAACAACGCCAAUGCUGCUGCUCCUCCCGCCGCCGCUGGUGGUGACGCCGCGAUGGAGGAGGAUGUUCUUUGA